CGCCGGAACUCUGCGUGUUGGUGAAGUGCCGCCUCCUCACGGGGGCGCUCGGGGGUCUCCCGGCAGCUGUAAGCGUCCUCUGCAAAGACUGUCUGACCCUUAAAUUUAGCUGUGAACACCCGAGCGCUUUACGUCCCUGAGUAGCGAGCAGAGCGCUCCAAGCAGCCCUGGAAACGUUUUUUCCGUACAGCAACAUGGCGGCUCCUGUUGACUGUUAGAAAAGGAGAUUUUUUUUUUUUUCCUUUGCCCUGAAAGGAGUGUCUUUCAGGACCACUGUUUAGAUGGGUGCUGUUUCAUGAAGCAAGUCUGGGAAGGCGGCGUGCACUUUUCUGACAAGGGAGGCGGCGAGGAAGAGAAUGUCUGUGGUGCGUGAGCUAUCACCAGGAUGGUUACUGGAUCAUCUUUCUUUCAUUAACAAGAUAAGUUAUGAACUUCACCAGCAUCAUGAGCCUUGUUGCAGUAAAAAUGAGCCUACUUCUUCUGUUCACGUUGAUACUCUUCACAUGGAUUCUAUGUCCUCUUUUGGAGCCUCUGCUACCUGUAUUGCUUCUACCACUAAGCCAGAAAAUGAUGAUGGAGGAAAUUGUGAAAUGUUCAUACAAAAAUAUGUUUUUCGAUCUGAACUGUUUGAUGUCACCAAACCUUAUAUAACUUCUGCUAUUCACAAAGAAUGCCAACAAAGUAAUGAAAAGGAAGAGCUAGUAAAUGAUGUUAAGAAAGAAAUCUCCAUUUCUGUUAAUGGGAAGAAGCGUAAGAGAUGUGUUGUUUUCAAUCAAGGUGAAUUGGAUGCUAUGGAAUACCAUACAAAGAUCAGGGGGCUGAUUUUGGAUGGAUCUUCACAGUUAAUCCAAGAAGGUCUCAAAAGUGGCUUUCUUCAUACACUUUAUGAAAAACGGGACAAGUAUAGUGAGCCCAUUACUUUACCACUUGAUACCUGCAAUUUGUCAGAAUUAUGUGAAAUGGCAAAGCAUUUGCCUUCUCUGAAUGAAAUGGAACUUCAGACGUUACAAUUGAUGGAAGAUGAUAUAUCUGUUACGGAGCAGGAUUUAUUUUUACGGAUUGUUGAAAACAACUCUAGCUUUACAAAAAUGAUUACUUUAAUGGGACAGAAAUACCUGCUGCCACCAAAAAGCAGUUUUCUUUUGUCUGACAUUUCUUGUAUGCACCCGCUUCUGAACUGUAAGAAAACAUAUGAUGUAAUUGUGAUAGAUCCACCAUGGCAGAACAAAUCAGUUAAAAGAAGUAACAGAUAUAGUUAUUUAUCACCACUGCAAAUCAAGCAGAUACCUAUCCCUAAGCUGGCUGCUCCAAACUGUCUUGUUGUUACCUGGGUGACGAAUAGACAGAAGCACCUGCGUUUUGUUAAGGAAGAGCUUUACCCUUCUUGGUCUGUGGAGGUAGUUGCUGAAUGGCACUGGGUAAAAAUCACCAGUUCAGGAGAGUUUGUGUUCCCAUUAGAUUCUCCACACAAAAAGCCUUACGAAGGUCUUAUACUGGGAAGAGUUCAAGAAAAAGCUGCUUUACCAUUAAGGAAUGCAGAUGUAAAAGAGCUCCCCAUUCCAGAUCACAAGUUAAUUGUCAGUGUGCCCUGUACGCUUCACUCACAUAAGCCACCUCUUGCUGAGGUUCUAAAAGACUAUAUCAAGCCAGAGGGGGAAUGUUUGGAAUUGUUUGCUCGAAAUUUACAGCCAGGUUGGACUAGUUGGGGCAAUGAAGUUCUCAAAUUUCAACAUGUGGAUUAUUUUGUUGCCCUGGAGUCUAAAAGUUGACUAUGUUCUUAAAAUUGUGUUUUUCUUCAGUUUUUCCUCACUCCUUCUCCCUUCAUUCUAAUAGAUUUUUCCUUUUAUUACCGACCAAUAUGCUUAGAGAUGUAAACAGGACUUGGUUUUUCAGCAAAAUGAUGAGAAGUGACUAUCUGUCAUAUAAUUUUGAGAUGAAUUUUACUUCAUUUGCACUAGUAUUUCACAUUAUUCUGGGCUCUGCAAAUAAAGAGGUAAGCAGUUAGAACGAUGGCAAGAUUUUGUUACUGAAAAAGUUCAGAAAGCAUGCACUAUAGACCUGAAGUCACAAUUCUAUGUAUGGGUGUGUUUUGUUUGGGCCAUAUGGUGUUGUAAAAAAAAAUUGGAGCCAUCAUUCUAAAAAAUCAGGAAAUUUCACAUAAUAAGUCCAUAUUUCUGUCUUUCUUUAAACAUCAGAAACUCUGGCUACACUGUGGCCUGUGUUCUUUCCUGGCAUCAGUCUGUGGGACCCAGUGGUGGCAGCUCAUUUGGGAAGGGCCUUGUACUCUCCAGUUUACCACAGUAACCCUUGUCCCAUGCCACUCACUUAUAUUGUUUACCUGACCCCUGUACAACCCGAAUUUAGAACGUCUAGUAUACUGCUACAUUCUGGAAAAUGUAUUCAAAGACCUGCUAAGUACUGCAUCAUUGUACUGAGUUCAUGAAACAUUUUUUGGAGGGUUUUAAAUUUCAUUCAGGGUCACUUUUCAAUUACUUUUUAGUUUUGCUUGUUUUUCUAGAAGAAAAAUAAAUUCUUAAUAAUGUCAGAAAGUAAACACUGUUUGGACUUAAUUGAUAUUUAUAGAACAUUCCAUCCAAAAGCAGCAGAAUACACAUUCUUCUCAAGUGCACAUGGAACAUUCUUCAGGAUAGAUCACGUGCUGGGCCACAAAGCAAACCUUGGUAAAUUUAAGAAAAUUGAAAUAAUAUCAAGCAUCUUUUCCAACCACACUGCUAUGAGAUUAGAAAUCAACUACAAGGAAAAAACCGUAGAAAACACAAACAUGGGACUUCCCUGAUGGUGCAAUGGUUAAGAAUCCACCUGCCAAUGCAGGGGACAGGGAUUCGAGCCCUGGUCCGGGAAGGUACCACAUGCUGUGGAGCAACUAAGCCCAUGUGCCACAACUACUGAGCCUGCAUUCUAGAGCCCAUGAGCUGCAACUACUGAGCCUGUGUGCCACAACUACUGAAGCCCGAUCGCCUAGAGCCAGUGCUCUGCAACAAGAGAAGCCACCACAAUGAGAAGCCUGUGCACUGCAACGAAGAGUAGCCCCUGCUCACUGCAACUAGAGGAAGCCUGCAUGAAGCAACGAAGACUCAACACAGCCAAAAAUAAAUAAAUAAAUAUUUGAAAAAAAAAACAAACCCACAAACAUGUGGAGGUUGAACCAUGUUAUUAAACAACCAAUGGAUCACCUAAGAAAGAGGAAAUAAAAAAAUACUUAGAGACAAAUGAAAACAAAAACACGACAAUACAAAACCUUUGGGAUACAGCAAAAGCAAUUCUAAGAGGGAAGUUUAUAGCAAUACAAUCUUACCUCAGGAAAUGAAAAAUCUCAACUAAACAACAUAACCUUACACCUAAAGCAAGUAGAGAAAAAAGAACAAACAAAACCCAAAGUUAGUAGAAGGAAAGAACUCAAAGAUCAGAGCAGAAAUAAAUAGAGAUGAACAAAACAAUAGAAAAGAUAAGUGAAACUAAAAGCUUUUUCUUUGAAAAGGUAAACAAAAUUGAUAAACCUUUAGAUUCAUCAGGAAAAAAGGGAAAGGGCUCAAAUCAAUAAAAUUAGAAGUGAAAAAGGAGAAGUUACAACUGACACCACAGAAAUACAAAGGAAUCAGAAGAGACUACUACAAGCAACUAUAUGCCAAUGAAAUGGACAACCUGGAAGAAAUGGACAAAUUCUUAGAAAGGUACAGUCUUUCAAGACUAAACCAUGAAGAACAGACCAAUCACAGACCAAUAUGAACAGACCAAUCACAAGUACUGAAAUUGAAACUGUGAUUAAAAUACUUCCAACAAACAAAAGUGCAGGACCAGAUGAAUUCUAUCACAGGUGAAUUCUGUCAAACACUUAGAAAGGAGUUAACACUUAUCCUUCUGAAACUAUUCCAAAAAGUUACAGAGGCAGGAAAACUCCCAAACUCAUUCUGUGAGGCCACCAUCACCCUGAUACCAAAACCAGACAAAGAUACUACAAAAAAAGAGAAAAUUACAGGUCAAUAUCAUUGAUGAACAUAGAUACAAAAAUCCUCAACAAAAUACUGGCAAACCUAAUCCAACAAUACAAAGGGUUCAUACACCAGUGUCAAAUGCAAGGAUUUUUCAAUACCCUCAAAUCAAUUAGUGUGGUACACCACAUCAACAAAUUGCAGAAUAAAAACCACGUGAUCAUCUCAAUAGAUGCAGAAAAAGCUUUCGACAAAAUUCAACACCCAUUUAUGAUAAAAACUCUCCAGAAAGUGGGCAUAGAGGGAACCUACCUCAACAUAUUACAGGCCAUAUAUGACAGACCCACAGCUAACAUCAUACUUAGUGGUGAUAAGCUGGCAGCAUUUCCUCUAAGAUCAAUGAGAUCAGGCUGACAGCAUUUCCUCUAAGAUCUGGAACAAGACAAGGAUGUUCACUCUCACCACUUUUAUUCAACAUAGUUUUGGAAGUCCUAGCCAUGGCAAUCAGAGAAGAAAAAAACCCCCAAAACCAAAGAAAUCCAAAUUGGAAAAGAAGUGAAACUGUCACUGUUUGCAGAAAAUCCUAAAGAUGCUACCAGAAAACUACUAGAGUUCCUCAAUGAAUUUGGUAAGGUUGCAGGAUACAAAAUUAAUACACAGAAAUCUCUUGCAUCUCUAUACACUAACAAUGAAACAUUGGAAAGAGAAAUUAAGGAAACAAUCCCAUUUGCCAUUGCAUCAAAAUAAUAAAAUACCUAGGAGACAAAAGGCCUGUGCUCUGAAAACUAUAAGAUGCUGAUGAAAGAAAUGGAAUAUUAUACAAACAGAUGGAAAGAUGUACUGUGUUCUUGGAUUGGAAAAUCAGUAUUGUCAAAAUGACUAUACUACCCAAGGCAACUACAGAUUCAAUGCAAUCCCUAUCAAAUUACCAAUGGAAUUUUUCAUGGAACUAGAACAAAAAUUUUAAAAUUUGUAUGGAAACACAAAAGACCCCUAAUAGCCGAAGUAAUUCUGAGAAAGAAAAAUGGAGCUGGAGGAACCAGGCUCCCUGACUUCAAACUAUACUACAAAGCUGCAGUAGUCAAAACAGUACGGUACUGGCACAAAAACAGAAAUAUAGAUUAAUGGAACAAGAUAGAAUGCCUACAAAUAAACCCAUGCACCUAUGGUCAAUUGAUCUAUGAUAAAGUAGGCAAGAAUAUACAAUGGAGAAAAGACAGUCUCUUCAAUAACUGGUGGUGGGAAAACAGCUACAUGUAAAAGAAUGAAAUUAGAACAUUCUCUAACACUAUACACAAAAAUAAACUCAAAAUGGAUUAAAGGCCUAAAUGUAAGACGAGAUACUAUAAAACUCUUAGAGGAAAACAUAGGCAGAACACUCUGACAUAAAUUAUAGAAAUAUCUUUUUGUAUCCACCUCCUAGAAUAAUGAAAAUAAAAACAAAAAUACACAAAUGGGGCCUAAUUAAACUUAAAAGCUUUUUCACAGCAAAGGAAACCAUAAACAAAAUGAAAAGACAGGGCUUCCCUGGUGGUGUAGUGGUUGAGAGUCUGCCUGCCGAUGCAGGGGACACAGGUUCGUACCCCGGUCUGGGAAGAUCCCACAUGCCUUGGAGCGGCUGGGCCCGUGAGCCAUGGCCGCUGAGCCUGUGCAUCCGGAGCCUGUGCUCUGCAGCGGGAGAGGCCACAACAGUGAGAGGCCCACGUACCGCAAAAAAAAGAAAAAAAAAAGAAAAGACAACCCACAGAAAGGGAGAAUGUAUUUGCAAACGAAGUGACUGACAAGGAUUAAUCGCCAGAAUAUACAAACAGCUCUUGCAGCUCAAUAUCACAAAAACAACCCAAUCAAAAAAUUGGCAGAAGAUCUAAAUAGACAUUUCUCCAAAGAAGACAUACAGAUGGCCAAAAAACACAUGAAAAGAUGCCCAACUUUGCUAAUUAUUAGAGAAACGCAAAUAAAAGCUACAAUGAGGUAUCACCUCACACUGGUCAGAAUGGCCAUCAUCAAAAAGUCUACAAACAAUAAAUGCUGAAGAGGGUGUGGAGAAAAGGGAACCCUUCUACGCUGUUGGUGGGAAUGUAAAUUGGUAAAACCACUAUGGAGGACAGUGUGGAAGUUUCCUUACAAAACUAAAAAAAUUAAUAGAACUACCAUAUGAUCCAGCAAUCCCACUCCUGGGCAUAUAUCUGGAGAAAACUGUAAUUCAAAAAGGUACAUGCACCCCAGUGUUCAUUACAGCACUGUUUACAAUAGCAAAGACAUGGAAGCAGCCUAAAUGUCCAUCGACAGAGGAAUGGAUAAAGAAGAUGUGGUACAUAUAUACAGUGGAAUGUUCCUCAGCCAUAAAAAGGAAUGAGAUAAUGCCAUUUGCAGCAACAUGGAUGGACCUAGAGAUUAUCAUACUAAGUGAAGUAAAUUGGACAGAGAAAGACAAAUAUCAUAUGAUAUCACUUAUAUGUGGACUCUAAAAAGAUGAUACAAAUGAACUCAUUUACAAAAUAGAAAGACUCAUUGUUUUCAAAAACAAAUUUAUGGUUACCAAAGGAGAAAGGUGGGGGGAGGGAUAAGUUAGGAAUUUGAGAUUAAGAGAUACGCACUACUAUAUAUAAAAUAGAUAACAAGGACCUACUGUCUAGCACAGGGGACUAUACUCAGUGUUCUGUAAUAAUCUAUAUGGGAAAAGAAUCUGAAAAAGAAUGGGUAUAUGUACAUAUGUAACUGAACCACUUUGCUAUACACCUGAAACUAAUACAACAUUGUAAAUCAACUA